AUGUGCAAGGAGAAGGGCGAUCUGGAUGCAGCUGCGAGCCACCUCACCGAGUCCCUCAGCAUGAAGAGGGCUGUGUAUGGACAGGGAGCUCGCAAAGAAGUGGCUUUCACGCUCCACGAGCUGGGCAUGGUGUUCUGGGCGAAGGGCGACCUGGCUGCAGCUGAGAGGCAUUUUACCGAGUCCCUCAGCAUGAAGAGAGCUGUGUACGGACAGGAAGCUUGCAAAGAAGUGGCUUUCACGCUACAUGAGCUGGGAGUGCUUUUCAGGGCGAAGGGCGACCUGGAUGCAGCUGUGAGCCACCUCACCGAGUCCUUAACCAUGAUGAGAGCAGUGCAUGGAGAGGCAGCCCACGGAACAGUGGCGGUCACGCUCCAUGUGCUGGGCGCGGUGUACAGGGACAAGGGCGACCUGCAUGCAGCUGCGAGCCACCUCUCCGAGUCCCUCAACAUGAAGAGAGCAGUGUACGGACAGGGAGCUCACCGUGAAGUGGCCAUCACACUCCAUAAGCUGGGCGUGGUGUGCAAGGAGAAGGGCGACCUGGAUGCAGCUGCGAGGCACCUCACCGAGUCCCUCAGCAUGAAGAAGGCUGUCUGCGGACGGGCAGCUCGCGGAGAAGUGGCUGUUACCCUGCAUGAGCUGGCUGUGGUGUGCAAGGACAUGGGCGACCUGGAUGCAGCUGCGAGCCAUCUGAACAUGCAGAGUGCGGUGCAGUACAGAGGGGGAGCUUAA